AACGCCCCACAGCGGAGAGACUCGCCUGCCGUCUCGUCCAAUGGAGCCUUGUCCGUCGGAUGAAUUUUUCCAAGCGCUCAACCAUGCGGAGCAAACGUUUAAAAAAAUGGAAAAUUACUUGCGGCACAAGCAACUGUGCGAUGUGGUGUUAGUGGCAGGCGACCGACGGAUUCCGGCACACAGAUUGGUGCUGUCCUCUGUCUCGGAUUAUUUUGCCGCCAUGUUUACUAACGAUGUCCGAGAGGCCAGGCAAGAAGAAAUCAAAAUGGAAGGUGUGGAACCCAAUGCGUUAUGGGCGCUGGUGCAGUACGCAUAUACAGGUCGUCUUGAAUUAAAAGAAGAUAACAUUGAGUGCCUGCUGUCUACAGCUUGUAUCCUUCAGCUGUCUCAGGUUGUAGAAGCCUGCUGCAAAUUUUUAAUGAAGCAGCUUCAUCCUUCAAAUUGCCUUGGAAUCCGUUCUUUCGCCGAUGCGCAGGGUUGUACGGAUUUGCACAAAGUGGCUCACAAUUACACCAUGGAGCACUUCAUGGAAGUAAUUAGAAACCAAGAAUUCCUCCUGCUACCGGCCACUGAAAUUGCAAAGCUUUUAGCUAGUGAUGAUAUGAACAUUCCUAGCGAAGAGACUAUCCUUAAUGCAUUGCUAACUUGGGUGCAACACGAUUUGGAACAACGAAAGAAAGAUCUCAGCAAACUCUUAGCAUACAUCAGACUCCCUUUACUGGCACCACAG